CGCAGACGACUGGCGGUUAACCUACAGUUUACUCGCGAAGUUUGAGUUUUUCCUACUACUCCCGCUAGUGUGGUUGUUUAUUCCGAACAAACCGGAAUUGUACGGGGUGUCGGUCGACAACGGAGGUUGGAAAGAAGGAGAAGAGGACGUCGAGGACUUCCCAACGGCCGCAAACAACGCCGGAAGGAGCUCCACUGUGCGAAUAAAGAGCCGCGUGCUGGAGGGGAGAAUUUUUACGAGCAAGAAGAUAAAUAAAUCUUCUACAAAUACCGCAGCGGCUGCGCAGCAGCUGCAAGGUGUAGUUUUUGGCACAACCAAAAAGAGCAAGAUCGUCCGAUUUGUCAGCAAGAGCCUGCGGGAAUUGCGGCGGCGAGAGGAGAGAAGACGGGAGCAGCUGUGUGCGGUAAAUAGUACAUCGGAGUCCGAUAUUUUUGACAACGCAAGAAAACAACAUCCAAACUCUGCUUCUUCGAAAAGCGACUCUCUCAAAGCCGAGUAUCAGAAGCAGAUCGCGUUUCUGCGGGAGUUGCAGGAGAGAGAGGAUAGUUGCUCGCGGAGGAAGCGAAUACGGAACAAGGACCGAUUAUGGAAGUAGAAUCGAAAUCAACAAAAUCGAAAUAAUUUCUGAUGCAUGAAAUCGAUACCACUUGGAGCCUCAGUUUCCAAGUGGCGCAUGACAAAUUUUGGGAGCACCAAAAUCCAGUCUGUCAUUCUGUUUGGGCAAAGAAGACUGCUCCUGGCGUGCUGCUCCGGCAGCACAUCGCCUUCCCCUAAUCAGGCUUGCAAUCGGUCUCAUUUGCCUACUCCUCAACACAGGCCUUACAUACUUGCCCUACAUUUUACGCAUUACAAAUUUUUCGAUUUUGUCGAUUUCGAUCCUGAGACAUCCAUACCGAUUUGGACAGACCUUCGUGCUGGAAUCCACAACGUCGCCAGAGAAGGCUCUUGCCACUACUUCGCCGGAGAAACAGCUGUUAGAAAUAAAUAGCAGUAGUAUAUCAAAGACGACGC